AUGUACAAACUAAAAAUCUACAUGAAACACAAAAAAAUGUUCCAAGACAUUUCUGGAUCAAAUGAUAUACCAUUUAAUAAUGUAGAAGAAGGGAAAGCAAUCCUAGCAGAGCAGUUGAGAUCUGUCAAGGUAUUUAUUGUCUUGGAUGAUGUACAUCAUCUAAAUCAGUUGGAGUCUCUCUUGCCAGUAAAAGACAAUCUAAGACAUGAUAGUUUGAUUGUGAUUACAAGUCGAGAUUUUGGUCUUCUUACAUCAUGGGGAAUCCCAUAUAAUUCCAUUUAUAAGGUGAAAGAGUUAAAUUUUCUACAUGCCAUGGAACUAUUUUGCUGGCAUGCUUUUCCACAACCCUUUGAAAUAAAUGAAUUUGAAUAUCUCAUUAAGAGGUUUUUAGAAGUCUGCAGGGGAUUGCCAUUAUCCCUUAAGGUAUUAGGGGGGCUUGUGUGUGGAAAGUCGAAGGAAUAUUGGGAUGCUCAACUGAAGGAGGUCUCUGGAUUAUUGCCCGAAGACAUUAGAAGCAUACUAAAAGUGAGCUUUGAUUUACUAUGUGAGAGAGACAGGGAGGUAUUUUUAGAUAUAUCUUGUUUCUUUAUAGGAACAGAGACAGAUUCAACCAUCACAGUGUGGGAUGGGUGCGGAUGGAGUGGUGUGUGUAGUUUGAAAAGACUUGUGGAAAAGUGUUUGGUUGAGGUAGAUCGGAGGAACUACAUCAUAAUGUAUGAUCAGCUGAGAGAUUUGGCUAGACAAAUUGCAGAGACCAGGGCCCUGCACCGCCUUUGGUCACCGCAGCAAAUUACCCACAUUAUUGAGAAACAGGGGGAGGAAAGCGUGUCGAUUCGGGGGAUUAAAGCCCAAUCAGAUGAGUUCUAUGAAGAGUUUGUGGAGCUUGUCAGAGAAUCUGUUCUUCCACCAUGGAUUUCGUUGAAGAAGUUGAGAGCUUUAGAGUUUCGAGAGGCUUCUAAAUUAGAAGAACCGUGGAGUGAGACUGGCGAUAUAUCCUUUUACGGAAAAGGAGCUCCUAUCGAGGGUCUACCAGAACAGUUUUGCCAUCUCCGAUCCCUGGAGGACCUCGAGUUAGUUGGAUGUGAUAAGCUCAAAUCACUGCCUAGCAAGUUUGGCGAUAUGAUAAAUCUGCGGUGUCUAGAGUUGACAAAAUGCAGUGGUAUAGAAGGUCUACCAGAAGAGUUUUUCCGCCUCCAAUUGUUGAAGUCCCUCAAGUUAGAGCGAUGUUAUAAGCUAAAAUCGCUACCUAGCAAGUUCGGCGAUUUGACAAAUCUGCGGAAUCUAAGGAUAGAGAAAUGCUAUGGGUUGACGAUCGCGUACUGGGGAACACUUGUGCAGCUUACUAAGAUUAGUUUAGAGGGAAUUGAUGAUUGCCCCGGGCUCACAGAACUGUUAGGGGUACUGAAAAUAGAGCUGUGCGGGGAGCUUAGGAGAAUAGAAGGUUUAGAAAAUUGCAGGUCGUUGGAGGUAUUGCAGGCACAAAAUCGGAGAAAGGAAGUCAUACAAAGCCUGAAGAUUAUCGAAAGUUUGAGCUGGAAAUGGCCAGAGAGAUGCAUGAUAUGUUGUAGUGCAGCGCCUGGCGUGGAGGCGAAGUUGGAGUCUUUUACAUUUCCUGGUCUCACUUUGGCCUGA